AUGACAUCUACUCCCUGCGUGUUUGCAUCAGAACCUGGACUCGCCGACCCUUCUGUUGAGAAAGCUAAAGCGAUUUAUGCCAAGCUUUGCGAACUCCCAGCGCCGCUGUUCCAUGCGCCCUCGCCUGCAUGCAAAGACGGGCUCGACCCGGCGUUGCAGCCGGCAAUCGCAGACUUGCUGCUGCAUCCCGCGCUCGAGGCGGCGUUCCAUCUGCUGAACCACGCGCUCUACCCUGCGCACUUCCUCGUGCGGAAGAUGCAGAACGCGCGCGCAGGACAGCACCUGCACGGGAUCCUGCACCGCGUCGAGGGCGACUACGACAACGCGCGGGUGUGGUACGUCGAGGCGAGCGGCCUCGGCGAGCGCACGAACAACAAGACGGACAGGGGCGGCGAGGAUGCGUUUGUCGAGUUUUGGAGCAGCAUGGCGGGCCUCGUCGCGUGUGAGCCUGGGGUGGGCGGUGCGGUCGAGGCCGCGGGGGGCGGGGCUGAGCUCGCGCGCAACGCUGCGAUCGCGUUCAUCGAACGCGUGCAGCGCCUCAAGGAGAACUCGAAGGGACAAGUGCAGGACGCAGGUGCGGGCAAAGAAGAGCGUCGCGUGCUCGAGCAGAUCAGCAAGGCGGAGCUCGAGGCGGUUGUCGAGUGGGCGGCGAGGGAGUACGGAUGGGGGACGUGGCACGGCGGUGACGGCAGUGCAUCCUAUACCGAGAGCACAGAAGAACAGAAGGAAGAGAUGAGGCGGCAGCAGCACGGCGGCGAAGGCUUCCGCCAGUUCUGA